CAAGAACUUAAAGCCGCAGCUAUAACUCUUUCCCUCAUAUAUACAUAUAAACAUACCACUCACACAUCCUCAAAUCACCACAUAGUCUCAUUUCCCCAUCACCACCACCACCACCACCACCGCGACCCAAUUCCGCUUCUCAACCGGCGCCGUGGGCACCAAACAACAAGUCCCCGACUUCCCCUGGGACUACCCCGUCCCCCAAGCCCCCUUCUGGGACACAUUCGAGCACAACAAAGCUCACAGUUUCCUCGUCUGCUUCACCGACGACGAACUCCAGCAGUUUUCCCUCACCUGCGAACCCGAAUAAAUCUCCGCCCCCCAGCCCGCCAAACUCACCAUGCUGCGCACCCUCCUCGAGCAAAAACUCCGUGCCGAAUAAUUCAUAUACCCCGACCCAGAGGGAUUCCAAAAAGCCGACCCGAAGCUCUGGAGCAGACUCUGGAUGGCCAUCUCGGGAAUCGAUCGAGAUCUCGGCCGACUGAAUGACGCGGAGCGCGGACUGAGGCUGUUGGUGGCGGCGGAGCCGGAGAAUCUGGCGCUUGUGUAUAAUCUGGCUUCGUUUCUGGUGGACGAGACGAGCCAGUAUGAAGCUGCGAGGGGGUAUGCGUUGCGGUUGAGAGAUGGGUUGGAUGGGAAAUUGGUGAGGGCGUCUCCGCAGGCUAUUGGGACGAGGAAGACUCUGGCUACGGUGUCGUGGAAGGAGGGGGAGAUGGACCGCGCGAAGGCGGAGAUUGAGGAGGUUUGGAAGUGUAUUGAUGAGUUGAAGGGGACGAGGUUUGAGGUCUAUGAGGAGGAGGAGAGUGUUAGUGCCAGGGAGUGGUUGGAUGGGUUGGAGAAGUGGGAGGUGAAGGCUCCGGUUCCGGUAGUGGUGGGUUGAUGGUAUUGGCUUGUUUAGUCUGGAGUUGAGUAUGAAGGGGAUUGGGGAAUGUUUAUUUGAGUACUGUGUGGUUGUUUGCUUGGAGAAUUGGGUGGUUUGUUGGUGUUGUGUGGAGGAUGAGUAUGGGCUGGUAGACAUCCCCAUCUCUCUGGCCCCGUAUAGGUUGUGGUCGGAAUAGAGUGCCAUAUGUGGGUAUUAAUGGCUGAUAUGAAGAGGGCCACAUAUAGUAUAGAGCUCGAA